AUGGAAUUAACUCCAAGACGCAUACUAGACAACGCUCUCGACGCCGUGGGCAACACGCCGCUCAUUCGGCUUGACAAGAUCGCUGCAGAACAUGGCCUCAAGUGUAAUCUCCUGGGCAAAUUGGAAUUUGUCUCUGCGGGCGGUUCUGUCAAAGACAGGAUUGCAAAAGCGAUGGUGCUGGCCGCAGAAAAGGAGGGUAAACUUAUUCCCGGGAAGAGCGUUGUCAUCGAGCCUACGUCUGGGAAUACCGGAAUUGGACUCGCAAUGGCGUGCGCGAUCAAGGGAUACUCGGUCGUGAUUACCAUGCCUAAGAAAAUGUCGCUUGAGAAAGAGGCGCUCCUACGGGCGCUUGGCGCACAGGUUAUCCGCACGCCUGAUGAAGAGCCUUGGGAUUCACCCAGGAGCCAUAUAGGUGUGGCUUGCAGGCUUCAGCGAGAGAUCGAACAUGGUAUCAUAUUGGACCAGUAUCGGAAUAUAAACAACCCACUUGCUCAUGAAUAUACUACCGGACCAGAGAUCAUCGCCUCGGUUGUCUCGACCCCGUCCACGCGUACAAGGCCCUCCUCGAUGAAAGUCGACGCAUUUGUCGCUGGUGCUGGUACAGGCGGCACCGUCACAGGCGUCUCACGCGCACUCAAGAAGACGCAUAACGCAGACUGCAUCGUAGUCGGCAUCGACCCAAUCGGUAGCAUCCUUGCGCUGCCGAACAGUCUGAACAUCGAUGGGGAAGGAAAACCAUACGUUGUGGAGGGUAUAGGCUAUGAUUUUAUUCCUGAUGUUCUUUCUCGGGAUGUGCCAGAUGCUCUUAUGAGGAAAGAGGGCUUGCUUGUUGGUGGGAGCAGUGGAAGUGCCCUCAGCGGUGCUCUGGCUUGGUUCAAGACGGAACAGGGGCGGAAAGUUGCUGGGACAGAGGGAUUGAAUGUUGUUGUGCUCCUUCCGGAUGGCAUUCGGAAUUAUAUGAGCAAGGAGUGGUUUUUGAAGAAUGCAUUCCAGACGGAGCAUUCAGACCUCGCUACGCGGAUUACGGGCAUUUUGGCUCAAGAGGAGAUAGUGCCUGUUCAGAAAGCUAAUCUCUAG